AUGCAAGUAUCAUUUGCUAUUCUUGUCGCUCUGGUCUUGUUGGGUUCUAUCUACUCAGCAUCGAUACCUACGCAGUUUGAUCGUGAUCUUAUUCAAACUGAAGUUCAAUUCUUGGCAUCACUCACACCACAACAACGCAACAUUUGGAAUUCAAUCAAAGACCAGUUGGUUCAUGGCGCUAUUAAUACAGUUCUCAGUUCAGUCCUUGGUAAACGUAAUGUUGAUAAUGCUGAAACUGAAUUAUUCUUGGAAUCUCUUACACCACAACAACGUAACAUUUGGAAUUCAAUCAAAGACCAGUUGGU